CUGAAGCCGGCGGCGGCGCCGAUGCCGCUCUCCUCCACCGCCUGCUGGGCUUUCACGGAGUAACCUUAGAAAUUGUAAUAACGCAGACAGUGCGGAGACUUCAGCUGGUCUGCCUACCCCUUAAAUGUUCUCAAUAAAGACGCUUAUUGACGCGGGAAAGGCACGAUGAUGUCGCUCUCGGGGACGAAGACCAAAGGUCAGCAGGCGACAACUAGUCUGACAGCAGGAUAAACCCGGGUGAAAAUAGCAAGUAUUACAGUGGAAUCCGCCUUGCUUUGAGAUCCGUGCUCUGCUAUUGGAAGCAGGGGAGAUAUAUGAAAAACAGCACGGAGCGGAGGGAUACUCCACAUCUCCACAUCUGUUUCGGAUGCUCCAAAUGAGUGUACCUGCAGCAACUGCACAGAAAUCAGACGGCAACAACAGUGAAAUGCAAUCAGCUGCAGUGGCUCCCUCCUUCAUCCCCAGCCAGUCGGGGAAGAUACCGGGCAGGAAGAGAGGGAGACCCCCACUCCGCAAUGUGGCCAAGAUGGAUUUUCCUAACCGUUACCCAGAAUCACUCCCUCCACUCAAGGUGCCAAAGAAGAGGGGGAGAAAGCCGGGCUUCAAGCUCAAACCCAGGAUGGUGAUGACGCCGCUGGCUAUUUCUCCACCCAGCAGCACCCCUGAGCCUGAUAUGAGCUCCAUUCCUCAGGAUGCUGCCACCAUCCCCCACUCUGCCACGCCCCAGGUGCUCACAGUCUGUAUCUACAUCAACAAGCAGGCCAACACGGGCCCCAAUCUGGACAGGAAGAAGAUCCAGCAGCUCCCUGAUCACUUUGGACCCGACAGGCCCUCCGUGGUGCUGCAGCAGGCCGUCCAAGGCUGCAUCGACAGCGCCUUCCAGCAGAAAACGGUGUUCACUCUCCUCACGCAAGGCUACGGGGGAGAAAAAAUAUCAGCCACAUUUGAUGGGAAGCAGCACCUUCUGAGCCUCCCCGUGGUGAACAGCAUCGACUAUGUGCUUCGUUUUCUGAAGAAACUCUGUCGCAGCUUGCACUGUGAAAACCUCUUCAGUGAUCAGCCCAUUACCCAGCACAGUGGUGGCUCCUACCAGUCAGAUGCUGAAACAUCUAUGGCCGAGGACUACCAUUUAGACCAGGCAGACGGCAAACGCUACUCCGUGGACCCCGGCGACUCUGCUUUCAGCUCCAUAAGCUCGUCCUACUCACCAAAGACCUCCUACGGGUUCCGUUCUUCACAGCAGUUCUCCAAUGGCUCGGCCUCCAUGAGCAUGUGCCGGCAGUCGUCCACCAGCCCAAACACGUUCCCAGAGAGCAACAGGACUGGAGGUUAUAACGCGUCUCCAGAAUCCCAGGAGUCCAAAGCUCCACCCAAUAAGGACCCAUCCACCUGGUCUGUGGAAGAUGUUGUCUGGUUCAUCAGGGAUGCGGACCCCCAGGCUCUUGGCCCCCAUGCGGACGUCUUUAGAAAACAUGAGAUCGACGGAAACGCUUUGUUACUCCUAAAGAGCGACAUGAUCAUGAAGUACCUCGGACUGAAGCUGGGUCCGGCCUUGAAGCUUUGCUACCACAUCGACAAACUAAAGCAGACUAAGUUCUGAAAACCUUACGCGGUAUAUCUCCCCCCUUGAAUCCAAGAGUACAUUUGAGUAGGGUCAAGCCUGGGGACACCAGGUCUUGGGUCCCUAGGCAUGAGGCGAGUCACUUUCUCUAGGGUCCCCAGAAGCGGGGGUCACUUCCUUUUGUGCCGCUAACAUAAAAAGGUAAAAAAGGCAACUACCUUUACGGUUAAUUUAACUCCUUUUUGCUCCGAAUGAGGAAGAAACAAUGCCAUGUAAAGAAAUGUGCUACAGGUGAAAUAAAAAAUUCAAGAAAGCCACACAAAGAAUUAAAUGUUCAGUAAUACUGGACAGAUUUGGAAGUCUUUUAUGAAGACGUUUGUAACUGACAUUUGCAUUUUAACAAUAGGAAAGUGUGAAAAAAUUAGGAGUAGCGCAGGGUUUGAGUAGGAUCCAACUUACUGCUGAUAUUAAUGGUGACAUAAUAGGGCUAACAUGAAUGUUAUCUUCUCCAACAUCACCUGCAUUUUAUAUGACGUCAACCAGGCUGUAUUUUUUAAUAUUGUAUUAUUUCGUUCACAGUUAACACGAUAAAAAAAAGCGGAUUUGGCUGUUUUUGUUUUUGUUUUGUUUUAUACGUUAACACUACUUUUUUGGCCACUUGGGGGCAGCGGAAGCAAGUUAUGAAAACUGUCAUAUCGUCACCUUUUCACCUGUAUCGGGUACUUGUUAGCAAACACUUACUUAAUUACAUAUCCAGAAGUGAUGAAGCAACAUAAUCAUUCAUUUUGGAGCGUUUCUGACCACGUGGCGGAUGUGGUCGCUUUCGUUUAGCUUUGUUUUUGGUCUUUUUGGAUAUAUUUUGCGCCUUGGCUGCUAGCAGCUAGUCUUUAACUGUUUCCGUCUAAUCUUUGGUGCUGAGCAGGUUGUGUCCAGUGGGUUUUUAAAGUUUUUUUGCUGAAAACAGAUGCCUACUGCGGCCAGAAACAAACGCUAAGAGAGGUGAGAGUGAACCGAAACAGUCGUGGGCCGGACAGCGAAACAAUGAACUGAAACUCACUAUUAAGCUCUGUGAAGCCGAGGGGAGCUGCAGAUUCAGGUGAUAAUUCUCUGUGGGUUCAUAGCUUUGAGCAACUGCUCUCACAUUGUCCCAGUGUCUGUAGUUUGAUACACUGUUAUAAUAAAACAUUGAUUAUAGCCACUUUAAAGUGUUGAGCAGAGAAGCUCAGUGAAUGUUCUCAAAUCUGGUUAAAUAAAGGGGAACGAAAAGGGUAAUAACAGCAAAGUGACGUCCCUCACUUCUGGGGACCCUAAAAGAAGUGGGGACCCUACUCUCGUUCCGUUGGAUCCUGUUUCCCACACCUGGGAUCUACAGACUUGAGGGCCGCAGUUGGAACCCCUUAGUACAGAUUUUUUUGAAGAUUUUCAUGAUGUCAUGUAGCGAUGAUCACAAAUUCAACCCCUCUCUCUUUUUCUCUCUCCCAUCUUUAAAUUACUUUCUCAACUUUUGGCACAGAUUUUGAAAUAAAAACCUUCAGACUGUGGAAUGCAUCCACCACACACGUUAACGUAAAUGUAACGAGCAGCACAUCUGUUGGCUGCAUGCAGAUUUAUAUAUAUACCUUAAGACUACUUUCACUUUGUCAAAUCUCACUAUAGGAUCUUGUUUACUCGUGUUUAUCAAGCAGAACACAUAUCUAUAACUGUACUGAAAAAUGGUGCAUUAAAUACUACAUUGCUUUUUGAUUGAGAGAUUUAGAAAAUCGUUUUGAUACUAUUUUUUCACAUUACUGUGUAACAAAAAAGUAAUGCUCCCAUUGGAUUUGUCAUUCUUUUUUAUUAUAAUUUUAAUAUUAAAAAAAACCCAGUAUAACCUGAACAAGACAUAACAAUAUAGAAAGACAGUAGCUCUCUUGUUAGUAUAUAUGUAAAGAAAAAUGAGAGCAUCGUGAACGUGAUAUAUUUAUGUUUCAAUAUGCAAAAUUGUUACAUGCCAAUUAUCUCCAUAGGCUCUUCAUGUAUGCUCAUUAGAACAUUUUUUAUUUCAUAUGUUUCUAUGUUUUUAUCCAGCAUCAGUGUUGAUACGGAAGUUGUCAAAACACGUGGAACACGUAAAUGUUACACUAAGAAAAACCUAAAUGGCCAUGUAAAUGGGUAUAUAAUAUAGUAUUGCUUUUGUAUACCACUUUUGGUGUACAGUAUGCAUCCUUUUUUAAUCAAUUAACCUUUGUAAGUGAAUGCUGCUGUAAAGAUAUUACAUGUAAGCCAUGCCUAGUGAGAUCAAGCUAAGGUGUUUUAUUUUGAAAAUCACUAUGAAUAAGAGUUUUAGAGAAAGCUGAGUGGAUCAGUCCUCUAUGCUGGUGCUAAAAGUUAUCUAUGUAUUUAACUGUUUGCUUUUGUGUUUGUGAGAUGUAAAGGAAAUCUUAUGUGUAUACUGUACU